AUGGCUGCUAUGGCUGAGCACGUGAAUGCGGAGGAUGAUUUUGUUGUGUUGUUCUGUAUAAACUCCAAAAAGAGCAGUAAUUUGCUACUUUUGUAUGAAAAAGCCUCCUACCGUUGCAGCAGACAUCCCUGCAGACGAAGCAGGAGCCGUGGAAUUCGUCGCACCUACACACGUCAUACUGAUUGUCCGGCAAGGUUCCACGUUCGCCGGUACCAUGACUGCUUGAGGGUUACUUCCUACUACCUGGAGCCCAACCAUCCACGCAGCAAGUUUAUUUUUGACAGGCUCCCCAUCAACCGGCGACUGACAAAUGAUGAAUUAAGGGAGUGUUCUGUUUUGAUAUACGGUGCUCCGUCAUCGGAGAUUCGACAGUACGUCACCGACCACUUUGGAAAGGUACUCACUAUCAAGGAUGUGCGUAACUAUCGCGUCAAGUGUCGACCACCAUUGUUAAGUAGGUCGUUGGUUACCUCUGAUUACAAGCUUUAUACAUUCCUUGUGACAGAUGGCAUGGGGAUCGGUCGACCCGUAAUGUAUGCCUUUGUCGAAAGCGAGCAUUUUGCGCCAUUGCGCAAGCUGUUCAGCUUGUUCAAGGAUAUGAUGGGUGGACAAUAUGCAGUCAAAACGUUCGUCAUGGACAAAAUGACUUCACAGAUGCGGGCUGCCAAAGCUGUAUUUGGCUGCGACGUAAUGCUGUGCUAUUUUCACGCACGGCAAGCCAUCCGGAAGCACACAAUUUCCAACCACAGUCGACACAUAUUCCACCGCAUGGCCCGCUUUGAUAAUGCAGCUGAAUUUCGCCACGAUUUGCAAAUCUUGAGGCGAACAGAUCCUAGUUUUGUCUCUUAUUUGACUGCCCACUGGCUCCAUAUCACUCGAAAGUGGGCCAUUCAUGCACAACGUGGGUUGGUACAUUUUGGGAAUGUGACCAACAACCGCCUGGAGAACGCCAACGGGCGUUUGAAGAGGCGCGUGCAUCACUCAGAUAGCCUAGAGCAUGCCGUUCUGAAGGUCGCUCAUCACAGCGAAUGGCUAAUGCGGGAAUAUGAAAUGCACACCACUUAUUGUUGUGACCGUCGAGAAAUUCGGGAGGGAGAUAUCUACGUUCUACGUGUGGUUUCCCGGAUGACGACAUACGCCGCUAAUCAGGUUCUCAGGCACAUUGGAAUAUGCACGCCAAAUCUGCUAUACAAGCAGACAGAUCGCUUCAAGACAGUAAACACCUCGGCCGGAACCUGCACGUGCAUAUUUUACCAAUCAAUGUGGCUGCCUUGUGUACACCUAUUUUCAGUAUUCAGAGGCCACUCGUUCCCAUGCGGUCAAUUUCCAAUCCAUCAAAGGUGGCUUGCCGAAUAUAACCUACCGGAGGAAGGAGUACCUUUAUCUCUGGUUCCAAAGCCAGAUCCAUCACCAAUAGAGCAUUUGCACAAGCAGCUUGAUCGGUUGGUUGGCAAACUGAAGCUGCUGGAUCCGCGUAAGGCUGCUGGGUGCAUGAAGCGUCUGAUUGUCCAAAGCCAGCUGAUGUUGCGUCAAAAUGCAAUUAGUGCACAGGACAACCAGCCUCUGGUGUUAGAUGGCAACCGCAAACAACCACGGUGGCGUUCGACGUCAAACGACGCUGUUCCCUGUGGUCUCUGUGGCCAGCCAACUGACCCUGCUGAUUGGUGGUGUCAACGUGAUCGACUUCCAUAUCACCGUUAUUGCUGCGGCAAUGAGCCCUGCCCGCUGUGUGGAGAAAAUCUUCAGGCGCGUCCACCAAUUGCCGGUCAGUCUACCUACCGUUCAGCUAAAAGAGCUUGCUUUGAUGUUGAUCUUGAUCGGUCCAUGGAGGACAAGCCGAGUGUGCCCCGUAAGACAGUCGCAAUCAAACUGUUUUGUCCAAUUUCGGAGUUGAUGGAGACCGGUAAUUUGAGGCCUAAUUUUUUAGCAUACGCUUUGCAGACCUCGCUUUCGAAUCCCGUGAUGACGAGGAAUUCGUGUGAUUGUAACUCGAAGGCCCCAAAUGCCGAUUCAAUGAACCCAUGGCAAUCCGCAACGACUAUACAUUUAUCCCUCAUCACGAUAUUUUACCUAACCGUUGGUUCCUCUGGCCGACCCGUAACGCAAAAUAGUACUCAAGCUUUUCGCGCAACACGCACAAAGACUACCAUCUUGAUGCGCUCCGGUACGCUAUUGUCUUUUGGUGCCUUUUUGGCGGUUCUUGCGGCUUUGGCGAUUGUUUUUCUUCAAUCCGUAUGGUGGUAUGGUGUGCCUGGUGACAUCCUCAGGGUAAUCAAAUCUUUGGUUCGCCUGGAGCAUUCUUACAGACCACUCCCACAGAAGAAUCCCGGACCGAAGGUUCUUGUCGGGUUCGGUGCUUGCGUCGAUCUGAAGGUCCGAGCCAUUCCACUUCUCAACCAAAUGGGUUGGUCUCCACCCAUGGUGCCAUUGAACGAACUGCGUGCUUAUAACCAUUCUACUGAACUCAGUUCUGUCAGGGACGUGAUUCUCAGCUUUGCCAGUGCGUUCACAGCUGGAGCCGCGGUCGAACGAUUGCUUCAUGAUAGUAACCUAUUCAGGGAACUCGUCAAAACCGCAGCCUCUUUGGUACCUCCACACCUUCAGAAUAAGUUUCAAUCUACAAUAGCAUCUGACAUGGAUCAACGACUGUCAAUGUUUUCUGCAGACUCCGCGACCGCUUAUUGGGCUCUUGGUGGAAACGCACCCGUGAUGGCUGUGCGUUUGGCACGAGAAGGUGCAGAAGUAUCCCUGGCAGCUAGACUUUCUCCUAUGGAACUGGAGCAGUUACCCAGGGGGAUAACGCCGCUAAUGGCCCCGGCCGCUUUCGGAUUGCCGGAAAUUCCUGAGGACGAUAUCCAUUUGAUCAUGGAGUACGAUGCGGGUGAACAAUGGGGCCCAUUUGUUGCUCCACGGGCUAAUCGGUAUAUUCUCUUACAUGACCAAGAAAACCCCCGUCUUAGUGGGCUGUGGCCUGGACUGUUGGGCAGUUGGCAGAGUAAGGUUGCGAAGCAGUCUUCCGGUUCCGCUUCCUUCAACGCAUCUUCACAGCACGCUAAAUCGGUAUUCCCCGACCUUGUGGUGGUGAGUGGUUUGCAGGUAAUGGACAACUGGGCCGCCGGAAACGCUCCAGAACUGUUGUCAACACUGAUGUGUAUUGCCUUAUUGUGCCGCGUUCGCAUUCAUGCCUGUUCAGUUUCCCCUUUCCGAAUCCUCCCUUCAGAUGUACGUCAAUCGCGGCUGAUCGAAUUGCAGAACUUUCUUUCCCAACUACCCUCUGAGACGUUGGUGCACUUCGAAAUGGCUUCUUUUGUCAACCAAACGUUCGCGAGUGACAUGGUUCGUAAGCUGAUGCCCUACGUGGAUUCGAUCGUGUUCAACACUGAUGCUUCGCUUGCGGCGUCUCCAACCGGUGGAGAUCACGCGGUUCCCAUCCUGAAAGGUCUGAACGAACAAGAGUUGCCCAACCUCACCAGCCUUUUGUCCAGUGGCUCCACAACUUCGAUCAGUUCCGCCUAUCCACGCGUUGCUCACAUGUUGGACGAGAUGCGAACCGUCUGGGCUACAAUGACGGACCCCAACUUACCGCGCGUACCAUCCGCAUCGGGUCCCGGUUGGCGUCGGUUAUCCCGCAUUCAUUUGCACACAAUCGCCUACCAGAUAAUCAUGGUCCGAAGGCACAUUCGUGGGGGUGCUGAAGCCAGAAAACAGUUGGAUGCUACCGUCAAAAUGGGUGGCAUGCCAGCCAGACGUGCUGAUGUUGGUCUGGCUUGGCCGUUCGCAAGGGCCGCUGCAGCCAAAGCCAGUCUCAUUGCACAUCGACACACCUGCUGCGCAUCGGCCAUCGACCCGGUUAAGACACGUAUUCUGAUGGAUGAUUCGUUUGCCGUUACAGCGGACCCAGAAAGGUGGAAAUCUGCCUUACGUGGCUCACAUCAGAGCGGGAUACGUGGCAGCCACAACGUCCCACGAGUCCAUUUCAACGAGACUGCGCCGGUGUUCUGUUGGACGGAACCGGAGCCUCAGUUGUCAGACACCGGAGAAUUCGGACGAUCAGCAGAGGGCAACCUCCCGACGAUACCGUUUGACACUCAAGUGGAAUUUUGCAUCGCUCCUGUACUUGUGUGUUCCACAGUGCGCCAAACUGUCGGUGCUGGUGACAAUAUAUCUGCAGGUGCGUUGCGCGCACAACUCACCGCGCGCCAACCGCCAAAAGACUAAUGCGUCUGUAGAACUAAUGCCUUCUCACUGUUUUGCCCCGCUUAUUUUUCAAUCCAGAGUUAUUUCUUUUAUCUUUAUGUUCGAGCUUGUUCGAAUUCACCUUCCAAACCCGUUUCAGAAACUUCAGUGCCCUGGUCGGUUUUCUCUCUUGACAACAGAUGUAGGAAAAGGAUUUUACUUUACGUUCGAAUAUUUUCUUCAUCUCUCUUUCUCUCAAAGCCGGUGUCCUCACAUACCAGCUGCCGAUCUUCGGGCGGUUAGCCUUGUUGUCUUCACUUUAUUCAAGGUUUUUUAAAGGAAAUUGUCAGCUAUUUGUGUUCCUGAAAGUAGCCAGAAAAUGCACAGCUAUCUGACGCGAUGAAUGUCUCACUCAACUUGCAUGAGUUUUACUGAAGCAGGUCGUACCCAGUGUUGCCAGAUGUUCAUAUUGUGUCGGUCUUUAAUCAUCCUGAGGUUGCUGUUAAAAUUUUCAUCUAGAUCCCUCAUUUCGUAAACAAAAUGAAAGAGAAG